CCUCCCGAAAUUCAUCCUUCUAUUCUCUUCUCCUCUUCUUUUCUCUCCUUCAUUCAUUGUUCUUACAAUUCUUCGUGUUUUAUUUCCCUCCCCUAAACUGCAUCUGCAUGGCUAAUCAAUUGUAUUUGUAGCGGAUGGCUAUCGGGGAGUCUCUUCUUCUUCUUCUUCUUCUUCUUCUUCUUCUAUGAUCCUGAUUAGCUUGGGGUUCUUUUUCUGGGUUCCAUUUUGCUGCUGUAAUGGGGAACGUGAACGGCCGGGAGGAUCGAGACGGCGUUGCCUCUGGAGAAGAGGAUGGGCCGCAACAUAGCAACCCCGAGGAUGGAGAUGCCAUGGGUCACUCCCCUCCUCCUAGCCCUAGGCCUGCUCAAUCGCCCUUGAUGUUCGCUCCUCAGUUCCCAGUGCUUCCACUACAGAGACCUGAUGAAAUUCACGCUCCAAGCUGGUUCUGGAUGCAAAAUACCACAAGCGAAGAAGACAUACACAAUGAGCAAGGGAUUCCCACAAUGAUCACAUGGAGCUAUGAUGGGAAGGAAGUUUCUGUUGAGGGUUCAUGGGAUAAUUGGAAGACAAGAAAACCUUUACAGAGAUCAGGGAAGGAUUUCACAAUAAUGAAAGUGCUUCCAUCAGGAGUUUACCAGUACCGAUUCAUUAUUGAUGGGCAAUGGAGGUAUGCCCCUGAUAUUCCAUGGGCCAAGGAUGAAACUGGAAUUGCUUACAAUAUCUUGGAUUUGCAGGAUUUUGUUCCAGAAGAUGUUGGAAGCAUUUCAGGGUUUGAACCUUCUCAAUCACCAGAAUCAAGUUAUAACAACUUUCAACUUGGUUUGGAGGAUUAUGCAAAGGAACCGCCAUUGGUUCCUCCGCAUCUACAAAUGACCUUGCUCAACGUCCCAUCAUCCUACAUGGAGAUUCCGCCUCCUUUCUCAAGACCUCAACAUGUGGUGCUCAACCAUCUUUACAUGCAGAAAGGGAGUAGUAGCCCAUCUGUGGUGGCACUUGGUUCUACUCAUCGGUUUCUAGCCAAGUAUGUUACGGUGGUAUUAUACAAGUCCAUUCAGAGGUAGAAAUAUGGAUGCGCUAUCUCUGUCUGGGCAGUAGUUUUUUCUAUUGUUAUGUAAUUGGUAUUAUUAUAAGAGGUUAACAUUAUGUUGAUAGCUUAGUGAACUCCAGAAGGAGCAAUUAAGUAAAUUCCAGGAUUUUGUGGAGAAAAUUGAAAGGAUGAUGAUAUGGCCUUUUGGCUGACAGCUACUUAUUUAUACACGCUUCCUCUGUACUGUUCAGCUGUUCUUCCUCUUUAUCUAAUUGAAUAGAAGUCACUAAAUUCGAUUCGCAA